UACCUCGUGGCCCUCUGGAUCCUGGUGGCCAGUCUGGCCAAAAUCGGUGAGUGCGUGUGUGUGUGUGUGUGUGUGUGUGUGUGUGUGUGUGCGGCAGGCCAGCGGUGGCAGCGGACCCGCCCCUAACCCCGGGGUUUCCAGAUCCUGGCCAGCUUCUUGCAUGGUACUGAGACUUAGGCUUGGAUUCCACAAAUCCCGGCUCUUGCCCAAUUCCUGCGCCUUCUUUUGUGGGUCUCUCUCUUCCCCUUCUCAGUGGGAGCUCUGACAAUUUGCCUUCUUGAAGGGCUGCCCCCACUGUCUCCAGCUCCAUCUUGGGCUCCUUUGCCCUCUUUUCUUUACCGUGAGUUCUUCUCAGUCAAACCACUCCUCCACCAAUGCCCGGCUUCUCAGAAACCUGUCAGGGGUGAGGACGCAUGAGGACAUUGAAGGAAUGGAUGGUAUUCUUAUGGGAACCCAAGUAUCCUGGUCCCUAUGAACCAAUCUUCCCUGGAGACCAAGUCCAAGUGUUCAUUAUCUUGAGAUACUAAACUGCCACUUUUCCUCUAGCUCACCUUUGUCCCCAUUUAAAAAUGUCACCUUUUUGCACCUAGGCUUGGGUACAUUCCUCCAUUCAGGUUCACGUUCCUCUCCUUUGGGGUAUAGGAAACUUCCAUUUAUCGGAGCUUUCUGUGUGCUGUGUACCCUAGGUGCUUUCAUACAUCAGACCUCCUAAAUCCUCACAACACUGAAGGAUGUGCUUCAGAUUCUUCCCUGCUUUUCCUUGCCUCUGCCCUUUCCUCCUCCUUUCUGAGCAGCCAGUGGUCCCUCCUCCCACCAGGGACCCUCCUCCUUUCUCUUUGUUGUGUAGGCUGUGCCGUGGGGGGACUAAUUAUAGCUGAGUGUUGCUACUUACUCCCCAUCUAUGCUGGCACAGACUGUACUCCAGUCUUACCAAUACAGCCUUCAUGUAGGAAUCCCACUAUCUAGAAUUUGCUGCCUCCUCUUCCCCCUGGGACAUUGCUGAGGGGUGGGGGCUUGGGCAGGAAUAGAACUCUCCAUUCUGUUUUGGCAGCCAGAGAUUAAUAAUGGAAAGUGGAACUUGACUUCAGGGAGCCUGAUUCUGCCAGAGAACUGGCUUUUGUGAUGGGUCUUGAAUUGCAGGGCUGGGGCUGGUGCAUGCUGAGGAGAUGAGGAUGAAAUAGGGUCCCUGAAGGAAAGGAAAUGGGGCACCAACGGCAGGUUCCAGUGUAGGGAGUACUAUGACUGACUGAGUUCACCAUAGAGGCUGAGCAGCAGUGACAGCAAGGUGGAAGCAGCCUCAGGUUUGGAGUGUUUCACCUGUCUCGGAAGGUAACAUCUCUGGUCCCUGAGAGCUGUUUGCUGAUUUUGCUGGGCCUGGCGCUAGGGGGCAUUGUCUUGGCUGUGGCCAAGAAAGCUGAGUACCAGCUGGAGCCAGGCACCUUCUUCCUCUUCCUGCUGCCUCCUAUCGUUCUGGACUCAGGCUAUUUCAUGCCCAGUCGGCUGUUCUUUGACAACUUGGGUGCCAUCCUCACUUACGCUGUGGUGGGCACACUCUGGAAUGCCUUCACAACAGGGGCUGCCCUCUGGGGCCUGCAGCAGGCUGGACUUGUGGCCCCUAAGGUGCAGGCUGGCCUGCUGGACUUCCUGCUGUUCGGGAGCCUUAUCUCAGCAGUGGACCCUGUAGCUGUGCUGGCUGUCUUUGAGGAAGUGCACGUCAAUGAGACUCUGUUUAUCAUCGUCUUUGGCGAGUCCCUGCUCAAUGAUGCAGUCACUGUGGUGCUGUACAAGGUCUGCAACUCCUUUGUAGAGAUGGGCUCUGCCAACGUGCAGGCCAUUGACUACCUGAAGGGAGUCGCCUCCCUGUUUUUGGUCAGUCUGGGCGGGGCAGCCGUGGGCUUAGUCUUUGCCUUCCUCCUGGCCCUGACCACACGCUUCACCAAGCGGGUUCGCAUCAUCGAGCCACUGCUGGUCUUCCUCCUCGCCUAUGCAGCCUACCUCACUGCUGAAAUGGCCUCACUCUCCGCCAUUCUUGCGGUGACCAUGUGUGGCCUGGGCUGUAAGAAGUAUGUGGAGGCUAACAUCUCCCAUAAGUCACGCACAGCUGUCAAAUACACAAUGAAGACUCUAGCCAGCUGUGCUGAGACUGUCAUCUUCAUGCUGCUUGGCAUCUCGGCCGUGGAUUCUUCUAAGUGGGCCUGGGACUCUGGGCUGGUGAUGGGCACCCUCUUCUUCAUCCUGUUCUUCCGAGCCCUGGGCGUAGUCCUGCAGACGUGGGUGCUGAAUCAGUUCCGGCUAGUCCCUCUGGACAAGAUUGACCAGGUGGUGAUGUCCUAUGGGGGCCUGCGGGGGGCUGUGGCCUUUGCUCUCGUCAUCCUACUGGACAGGACCAAGGUCCCUGCUAAGGACUACUUUGUGGCCACCACUAUUGUGGUGGUCUUCUUCACAGUCAUCGUUCAGGGCUUGACCAUCAAGCCACUGGUCAAGUGGCUGAAGGUGAAGAGGAGUGAGCAUCACAAACCCACCCUGAACCAGGAGCUACAUGAGCACACUUUUGACCACAUUCUGGCUGCAGUGGAGGACGUUGUGGGGCACCAUGGCUACCACUACUGGAGGGACAGGUGGGAGCAAUUUGACAAGAAGUACCUGAGUCAGUUGCUGAUGCGGAGGUCAGCCUACCGCAUCCGGGACCAGAUCUGGGAUGUGUACUACAGACUCAACAUCCGGGAUGCCAUCAGCUUCGUGGAUCAGGGAGGCCACAUCUUGUCCUCCACAGGCCUCACUCUGCCUUCUAUGCCCAGCCGAAAUUCUGUGGCAGAGACCUCUGUCACCAACCUGCUGAGGGAGAGUGGCAGUGGAGCGUGUCUGGACCUGCAAGUGAUUGACACUGUUCGCAGUGGCCGGGAUCGUGAGGAUGCUGUGAUGCAUCACCUGCUCUGUGGAGGCCUCUACAAGCCACGCCGCAGGUACAAAGCCAGCUGUAGCCGCCACUUCAUCUCUGAGGAUGCCCAGGAGCGCCAGGACAAGGAGGUCUUCCAGCAGAACAUGAAGCGACGGCUUGAGUCCUUUAAGUCCACUAAGCACAACAUUUGCUUCACCAAGAGCAAGCCACGACUCCACAAGACCAGUCGCAAAAAGAAAGAUGGUGUGGCUAAUGCUGAGGCUACAAAUGGAAAACCUCGAGACCUGGGCUUUCAGGAUACAGCUGCUGUGAUAUUAACCGUGGAGUCUGAGGAGGAGGAGGAGAGUGACAGUUCAGAAACAGAGAAAGAGGACGACGAGGGGAUCAUCUUUGUGGCUCGGGCCACCAGUGAGGUUCUCCAAGAGGGCAAGGUCUCAGGAGGCCUUGAAGUGUGCCCAAGCCCACGCAUCAUCCCCCCCUCCCCAACCUGUGCAGAGAAGGAGCUACCCUGGAAAAGUGCGCAGGGGGACCUGGCAGUGUACGUGUCUUCGGAAACCACCAAGAUCGUGCCUGUGGACAUGCAGACAGGCUGGAACCAGAGCAUUUCAUCUCUGGAGAGCCUGGCAUCCCCUCCCUGUACCCAGCCCCCGACUCUGAACCGCUUGCCUCCCCAUUCACUUUGCACUGAAGAACCCCAGGCCCCUCUUGACCUGUCUUCUGACCCUCGCUCUAGUUUCGCCUUCCCCCCGAGCCUGGCCAAAGCUGGCCGUUCUCGAAGUGAAAGCAGCGCUGACAUCCCCCAACAGCAGGAGCUGCAGCCCCUCAUGGACCACAAGGACCGCACCCAUCUUAGCCCUGGCACCGCCAACUCCCACUGGUGCAUUCAGUUCAACAGAGGAGGCCGGCUGUAGCCCAGGGCCUUGGGGAAGAGCAGGAGGUAGAACUGUAAGAAGUAUUCUCUGGAAUAGGCAGAAGAGCCCACUCAGCCUGACACAGAGCCAGAGGGGGCCAAGACUGAAGAAGGAACUGGGACUCCUUGGGGCUGAUCAGGAGGGUCUCCUGGGCUGGUCCUCAGAGGGACCCUUCUCACUCCCCUCCCUGCUCCUAGCCCCUUCCACCCUUUCAUUUGAGUAAUGGCUCAGGACCCAGUCUAGGCUUAGGCCCAGAGACUUGAGUAGCUGAUGCCCCUUCACCAGGGGCUCUUCCUGGGGUCAGUGUAGGCAGCUGUUCCUGCCCCCACAGCAAGGGCAUCAUUCCUCAGUGGAUGCGGGUCUUCCUUGCCCUCUGCGCUCUCCCUAGCACCAGAUCAGGGAUAGUGCUCUGCCAGAGAGGCUCAGUGAGGGGCUGGUCCUCCAAGAGAUUGGGGUGGGAUGUAGAGCAGGCUUCAGCCAUGGAGGGGGGUACCCUGUUGGGCCAGUUACUCAUGGUCCACUUUUUUUUAGGGCAGUGGGAGUCUGCUGUCACAUCUUGUUUUAGCCCCUUCCCUUUGCUGCCAGGUACUGGGGUGAUGGUACCUCCUUUUCCAGGACAUGGGUCCUAGGCCAGGCUUCAGUUCUGGACUGCUUUGGGGGAUCUGCUACUCUGGGUCUAAAUCUGGAACUUUUGAUCCUUGGUUCUGGAUUUUCUGAGGAAGGGACACAGUGGCUCUGGGCUCCCAAGUUGCCACCUCAACAUUUCCCCAAACAGGGAAGGAGCCAGGUAUCCCAGAGCCACUGCUCCAUUUCUGUGGGGGCUGGGAUACCCAGCUGCAGUGUUGGGGGGUGGUGCUGAGUGGCAGGUGGCUUUCCUGGGGUUAGCCCUGCCUUGUUUUGCACCUUGAACCUAAGAUGCAUUAAACAUCACUCAGAUGGAAGAGUGUCCUCUGUCCAUGUGUCUGAGGGUUCUAGACACAAGCAAGAGGGGAUCUGUCUACCCCAGGGCUUCUGAGGUAGAGAAUGGAGGAGAGGAUCUUAGGCAAUACUGUUAGUACCUCUGGUCCUCCCCAUCCUCUCUCACAUUUUUCCAACAUUGUCCCUUUAGCAGGGGUCUUGAAGUGGCAGUCUGGGGGAUCACUGUAUGGGCUUGAGGUCACAGAACUGGGAAUCUACAAAACAGGGAAGGCUGGCAGGAAAAAAGACCCCCAGGGGUCAAGAUCUAAGCUCCCAAAAAUGCAACCACCACACCUGGGGCCACAGAAGCAUUUCUGGAGAGCCUGGAGGUAGAUGUGAGAGAAAUAAACAGAAGUACUCCUUUGCAUAUGGCAGAUGGGAAGGCAAUCUCAAAGGAGCUGGUCACCCUGAGUGUUUACAAUACAAAUUCAGAUAAUGUGGGGUCCAGAAAUCUCCACAAUGCUCCCCAAGUCCAAUUCCCACUGUGUCUAAAGGAUUUUUUUAAGAAAAAUCAUCUUUAUUGACAUAAAAUGCACAUACCAUAAAAAUUCAUCCGUUUAAAAUGUAUAGUUCAGUGUUCUUAUUCAGAAUUGCACAACUUUCACCA